AUGCCAGGUGAAAAGUACUCCUGGUCUCAGUACGUCACCACCAAAACCCUCCCAGCUACAUUCAUGCCCCAAGGCUCAGCGGAAAUGACUGCCAUAGGAGAAGUACGUGCUGACGAAGAGUUCGAAUAUACCAUAUUCCGCGUACCGUUCUUAUCUGCCGGAUCGGGCGAUGCCAAAGUCCAUGCCGGAUUUUACGGUCUGGAUUUCAAGGGAUCUCAAGAGUUGUCGAGAGCAAGUUUGGCGAGGUGGUUAUGGGAUGAGAUCAAGGAUGGGAAUUGGAUCAGGAAACAACCUGCUUUGGGCAAUUACUAG